AUGUUAGGCAACAAAUUAAGCAUUAGUGACCUAAAGGAUAUUAAGAACAAGAAGGUUUUAGUAAGAGUUGAUUUUAAUGUACCUAUUGAAAAUGGAAUAAUUAAAGAUACGAACAGAAUUACUGCUACAUUACCCACAAUUAAUCAUUUAAAGAAAGAAGGAGCUUCAAAAAUUAUAUUAAUAUCCCAUUGUGGUAGACCAGAUGGUUUAAGAAAUGAGAAAUAUACCUUAAAGCCAGUAGCUGAAACUUUAAAAGGAUUAUUAGGAGAAGAAGUAUUAUUUUUAAAUGAUUGUGUAGGUAAAGAAGUUGAAGAUAAAAUAAAUGCAGCUAAAGAAAAUUCAGUAAUUCUCUUAGAAAAUUUAAGAUUUCAUAUUGAAGAAGAAGGUAAAGGUGUUGAUGCUAAUGGAAACAAAGUAAAAGCAAAUAAAGAAGAUGUAGAGAAGUUCCAAAAUGAUUUAACAAAAUUAGCUGAUAUUUUUAUUAAUGAUGCUUUUGGUACUGCUCAUCGUGCUCAUAGUAGUAUGGUAGGUGUUAAAUUAAAUGUGAAAGCUUCAGGAUUCUUAAUGAAAAAAGAAUUAGAAUAUUUUAGUAAAGCUUUAGAAAAUCCACAAAGACCACUACUAGCUAUAUUAGGUGGUGCUAAAGUAUCAGAUAAAAUUCAGUUAAUCAAAAAUUUAUUAGAUAAAGUUGAUCGUAUGAUUAUUGGAGGUGGUAUGGCUUAUACUUUUAAAAAAGUCUUAAACAAUAUGAAAAUUGGUACCUCUCUUUUUGAUGAAGCAGGUAGUAAAAUUGUUGGAGAAAUUAUGGAAAAGGCAAAAGCUAAAAAUGUUCAAAUAUUUUUACCUGUAGAUUUUAAAAUUGCAGAUAAUUUUGAUAAUAAUGCUAAUACCAAAUUCGUUACUGAUGAAGAAGGUAUCCCAGAUAAUUGGAUGGGUCUUGAUGCUGGUCCAAAAAGUAUUGAAAAUUAUAAAGAUGUUAUUUUAACAUCAAAAACUGUUAUUUGGAACGGACCACAAGGUGUUUUCGAAAUGCCAAACUUUGCAAAAGGUAGUAUUGAAUGUCUCAAUUUAGUUGUUGAAGUUACCAAAAAAGGAGCUAUCACCAUUGUUGGAGGUGGAGAUACAGCUUCAUUAGUUGAACAACAAAAUAAGAAAAACGAAAUUAGUCAUGUAUCUACAGGUGGAGGAGCCUCACUUGAACUUUUAGAAGGAAAAGAAUUACCAGGUGUAUUAGCACUUUCAAACAAAUAA